AUGGCAAUGGUAACCCGACUCGUUUCUCGACAUUUUCACUCAUGUGCUUCCAGACUUCUAAAUUUUGUUCCGAUUGUCAUCGAACAGACUGGUCGUGGAGAGAGAGCCUAUGACAUAUACUCCCGUUUGUUGGAAGAACGCAUUGUUUGCUUGAUGGGGCCUGUAAGCAUCGAUGAGAUGUCGAGCCUUGUCGUUGCUCAGCUGCUUUUCCUGCAGUCGAAGAGCCACACGAAGCCGGUGCAUAUGUAUAUCAACAGUCCAGGUGGUAGCGUGACAGCAGGACUCGGCAUCUACGAUACAAUGCAGUACAUUCGACCACGGAUCGCCAUCGCUACAUGGUGCAUCGGUCAGGCGAGUAGCAUGGCAUCGCUACUGCUCACUGCCGGCAGCCCCGGCCUGCGGUACUCGUUGCCGAACGCUCGUAUAAUGCUACAUCAGCCGUCUGGCCAAGCAUCGGGCCAGGCAUCAGAUAUCAUGAUCCAUGCAGAAGAGAUCAUCAAGAUAAAGCGUCAGAUCAAUCAGCUGUAUGUAAAGCAUACAAAACAGGAUUACGAUACAAUUGAGAGUAUAAUGGAUCGGGAUCGCUUUAUGUCCCCUGAAGAAGCCGUGAAAUUUGGACUGAUUGACAAAGUUUUAGAGCACCCACCACUAAUGUCAGACACAUCAGCUAAACCUGAUUCAUAG